AUAUAUACAGUAUAUGGAAAACUAUAAACACUCCCGGGGUGCACAUGCCUGAUAACUAUUCCGCAUUUCAGUCCUUUUAAUUGCUCUAACAAGCUCCUUCAGAGGAGGGAAGUCUCUUUUCCUCCCAAAUCUUCACGAAUCUUUUUUGAAUGUAAAGGUUCCAGAUCUUAAGAUGCUUAAAAAGCACAGUUCUUAAAAGGCAACUUGCGAAUAUUUGAAUGCGGUUAUUUGGACAGUUUGCUGAGGGGUAUAGGGUCAGCAAAACCGUGUUGGAAACUGCAGGAGUAUCUACAGCCUUAUAUCUGUAUACAAUUACAGAAAACGUGUCGUGUAGAGACCUGCGCUCAUGGAAGGGUCUGAAAUGGAGAAUGUGGAGCUCGUCGGUGUGACGCAUGUAGUGGACGCUGUCACCUUCUGGGCUCAGAACGUGAGUGAAGAUCAGGCCAUAGAGAGCAUGACGAACACUCUCUCUCAGAUAUGUCCCAUGGCCAGGAGAGUUACUGGGAUUCCCAGCAUGUACAAGAUAUACGCAGCGAUGUUUUCCGAAGACCGGUGCUGGUACAGGUGCAAGGUGCAGAUGCAGGAAGAGGAGAAGUUCCACGUGAUCUACAUCGACUAUGGAAACUGUGAAGUUGUCAGCAGGUCUUCUCUUGUUGAACUACCCGAAGAUCUUCAGAUGCCAAGUUUUGCAAAAAAGUACAUGUUUUGGGGUUUUCAAGCUCUCGGUGAACAGGAUUCCUCCCACUUCCAGCAGGGGAGGACUUUUCUCUACAAUUUAAUUUAUGGGAAAAAAGUAAGAAUCCAGGCAAAGUCAGUGCGCAUGGAUGGGACUGUCCUUGUCCAGGCCUUUCAAGGUGAUGUCAGUAUCGGGGAGGAAGUUGCCAAAAUGAAGUUCUCCCAAACGAGUAUCCCACGCGGCACCCAGGACUUCCAGAAUCCGCCACGGAUCCUGCGGCCCCCCUCUGGAUUGUGGCCUUCCGGCGUCCUGGAGCAGGGGCACGCAGGGGACGGCAAGCAGGAGGGGCACAUGCCAGGCCCGCGCCAGGCCGCUCUCCAUCAGAGGCCCAGGGCUUUCAGGGAGAGAGCCGCGGUUGCCGCGGUGCCGCCGUCCAGCCUGAGAGUGAAAGCGGACCGGGAGCUCCAGGAGGAGAACGAGACGCUGAGGGCCGAGAGCAGAGCCCUGGAGCAGAAGGCCGUGCUGCUGGAGGUCCGGCUGAAGGACAUCAGCCUUGAGCUCCAGAAGGUUAAGGAGGGGUUCCAGACGGAGCUAGAGGAGCUCGAGAAGCAGAUGCAAACAGCAGUUGGAGACAAACUGCGAGCGCUGCUGGAGAAGACGGAAGCAGUGCGCAGACUGCGGCAGGGCAGCCCCGGCAGCAGUGUGGGAGACGGCCUUUCGGAAGCCAUAGACGCGGUCACGCGCACCGGUCUGUCUGCGCCGGCGGCCAUGGAGAGACUGGACACGGCCUGGACUGCGUACAGCCUGGCUCAAGCGGCGCUGCAGGCCUGCGCGGUAGACAAAGAUGAGCUGAGAGAUCUGAUUGGCCGACGUAACGAAGCGAGGCGGGCUCUCGUGGAGGCCAUAGAUGACUUUCUACUGGAGGCAGACAGGCUGCCCAUCGCCGAGCGCAUGGACACUCUGAAGGACCUGGGCUCCAGUCUGUCGGUGGUGUUCGGAUCUUUCCCAUCUCUAGACGUGGGUGAGAGUGCUUUCGAGUCGUUCGCCGAGUGGAAGAGCCAGAAGCAGCAGUAUUUCAGCGGUAUCAGGAAACAAACAGAUGAAUCCCUGAAAGCUCUCCGCUCGUGGCUCUGUGACACCAGUGAGUUUUUUUGCUUGGGGAGCGAGCCUUCAUCUCUGUCUGUGCAAGAGGUCGCCGACAGUGUGGACCGCAUCCUGGAGAGAGCCGAGAGUGACGUGAGCAGCGAGCUGCAGCUGUGUCUCGCAGAGCAGGAUAAUGAAGAGGUGAAGAUAGUGUCCAGUGCGUAUUACAGAGUGAUACAGAAGAUUGAGCAGGAGCUGGGCCUGCUGCACACUGUGAGAGACAAGUACCUUGUGAACAUGGAGUUGAAGAAGGAGCUCCUUCAGUGGCUGGAUCACACGCCGAAGGUGGACGUGCUGCUCUCUGUGAAGAGAGUGAUCAAGUCCCUGAAGUCGCAGCUGCGCUGGGCUGUGGUGGUGAAGGCGAGCUUGGAGGAUGCGGAGGAGCCCGACGAGGGGGAGAUUUUGAAGAAGAGCGAAGAGAUAGCGGAGACCAGGAAGGCGCUUUUCCAGGAGAUUAACCGUGAAAAGGAAGAAUAUGAAAAGCUUUGUGUCUUGGCGGAAAAGGGCUUCCCUGAGCUGCCUCUGCUUUAUCCGGAAGCAGACAUGCUGAGCUACAAGGACUCAAAUGGUCUCGUUAUGAAGAGUUUGGAGCGUGAUCUCUUUGAUGCAGAGCCAUUGAAAGAGUUCAGCAGCAAGAGGCCGCUGGUGUGCACAGAGUUCCAGGGGCACAAGGUUGUUCUGAAGGGCUAUUCUGUAGACGGGACCACAGAGGCCCGCAUGCUGGAGUGCGCGGCCCAGUACCACACAGCCUGCUCCCGCGUCGAGUUCUCCGGACUGCUGCCCCUGCUUGCCCUGUUCUUCGGCAAGUGUGAUCCGCUGGGGUACGUGAUGGUGCCGUACGUGGCGUUUGGAAGCCUGAGAGCUGUUCAGGCCUCGAGUCCCUUGGCCCCUAAUGAAGUUCCGAGGGUGAUGCAGGGAGUGGCUGCUGGCCUGCAGACGCUGCACAACUUCAACAUCACCCAUGGCUCCCUGCACCCCAGCAAUGUGUUUGUCCUGAGCCGCGAGCAAGGAGUAGUCGGGGAUUUUGACUUCACGCAGGCGGCGGAGCAGCGCUGUCUGGCCGGCGCGAUGGUGGCCGGGAAGCUCAGCCUGGCCGCCCCCGAGGUGAGGAGAGGACGGGCCGUCUCGUCGGCCGCGGACAUGUAUGCGCUUGGAGGCCUGCUGCUGUGGCUGCAUUUUCCCAAACAUGACUUUGUGAUGAGGGAGGAUGGAACUCCUGAUACAGGAGGACUAAGCCUGGCCAGCGGUCUGCAGGCUCUUCUGUCCAGGCUGUUGACGAGCUCCGCGAGGCUCACGGCGUCGGAGGCCGUGGCCGAUGGCUACUUCUCUCGGCCGGCGGCUCCGUGCUCGCAGGCCCAGGGGCCGGGAGCCGAACCUCCCGAUGAGCGGGUGAGCUCUCCAGUCACCCCACCAGUCAAGACACAGGACGCCGCGCCUCCCGAGAGACUGGCCUUCGCUGGCCCAGAAGAACAUUCCUGAUGCUUGUUGUUGCAUAGCGACAUGUUCCUGAGUUCAUGUUCAUUAUUUUAGUUUUUUUUAUUGUUUUUUUUUCUGAUGCUGUUAGUUGAAAAUCUUGAUUUCACAUUUUGAACUACAGGGCCCUUUUGUGCAUGUAGUGUUCAGGAUCUUUUUUGUCUGCAAAAUUAAAAACAAAAAGAUUUGGAGGAA